GAGGGUGUGUGCCCCUUUCUUUGUGCUUCGAUCGACUAGGCAAAAAUGGCGAGCAGUGCUCUUGGACGCUGGCGGGGGGGGAGGAAUCCCUGGCGGCACCAGCAGCGGCGGGCGCGGCGGCGAGCGCAUCGUGUUCCUCAUCUCGGCGCGAUCGAUCUAAGCUCCGGAAUGCUGCGAUUCACGUCAUGAUCGGCUGCCUGGAUGGCGUCCAAUACCUCGCAGCUCUUCCCCAGUCACGCUGGCGGGCGGGAAUUUGGAGCUUUCUCGGACUCCGGAUGGUGUAGCAAUGAAUUCCAGAAUUUUGAUGCGCCAGUUGGAUCGUCGAUGUUCUCGGCCACUUCACAGUUAAAUCGCCUUCUCAGUGCUCCUUGCUCGCUGCCAAACUUAGUUCUUGAAAGACAGCCGCUUGCUUCCGAGGAUGUGGAGAGUGACGACAUCUUUGGUUCUAUGCAAGAGCUCGAGUCGCAUGCCUUGGGGACUCUCCUUCCGGAUGCCGAAGAGGACCUUUUAGCCGAUUCUGGAUACAAUCUGGGCUCUCUUCACGAUGAUGAGUUCGAUUUUUUCAACAGUGGUGGUGGAAUGGAGCUGGAGGGUGACAUCGCAGGCACAAACGGGAACUUUACCGGGAAUGUUUUGGCAGGAGAACACCCGUAUGGAGAACAUCCCUCUAGAACGCUUUUUGUUCGCAACAUCAACAGUAACGUUGAGGAUGCGGAGCUUCGAGCACUUUUUGAGCAAUAUGGUGAUAUUCGUACGCUGUAUACCGCUUGUAAACACCGCGGAUUUGUGAUGAUAUCGUAUUACGACAUCCGGGCUGCCCGGAGUGCCAUGCGUGGUCUCCAGAACAAACCUCUACGUCGAAGAAAGCUGGACAUCCACUUUUCAAUACCGAAGGAUAACCCGUCCGAUAAAGAUGUCAACCAGGGGACGCUAGUUGUAUUUAAUCUGGACACGUCAGUCACAAACGACGACCUGAGACAAAUUUUUGGUGUCUAUGGAGAAAUUAAAGAGAUACGCGAGACACCACACAAGAAGCAUCAUAAAUUUAUUGAGUUUUACGAUGUCAGGGCAGCUGAAGCGGCGCUAAGAGCGCUGAACAGAAGCGAUAUUGCGGGGAAACGUAUCAAACUGGAACCCAGUCGCCCUGGUGGUGCUCGUAGGAGCUUAAUGCAACAGCUCACCCACGAGCUGGAGCAGGAAGAGUUUCGGUGCCAGCAGAUGCAGACACCUUUGGACUCGUCACCUUCAGGGCAAUCACCACACUGGGGAAGCAGCACGCUUCGAAUGAAUGAUCCAGGAAUAAGAGCUGUGCACUCUUCAUUCGGCUCCUUUGCUAGCAAGCAUCCAAACGGUGUUGGUAGCGUUCCUGCCCGGGUCUCUUCUCCAUUACAUGUUAACAUUCCUGAUUCUCUCGGUCGGUCCUCUGGUCACUUCAUGCGUCAGCAAUUUUCAUCUUUACAGAUCUCUGACCAGGACCCCACCAGUUUUGGUGUGUAUGACCAGAGAAUACCCUCUAGCUUACGAGAAGUGUCGGCAUCGCUCGACCACUCGCCCAGAGUUCUUACGGGUACGAGAAUCACAGAGCAGUCACUCUGGAGUAAUUCCAGUCCGUUCCAUUCUCAACUACAGAGUUUUGUGGGAGACAGGCAUUUGGACUCCACCCGGGCGAGUAUGGAACUUUCCGCAGCCUUUGCGGAUCGAAAGCUAGUCGACGGUCACAAUGGCUUCUUCACUGACUUGCCCGGCAUGUCAUGGUCAGGACCGGUUGGGGGCCUGAAUAUGAAAGGAUCCAAUCAGGCUUUCAGUGGCCUUGUGGAUUCUUCACGGUUGGGACCGCUAUAUAGAACUGGUCCAUUUGUCAAUGGUGCUGGGUCACUGGAUAAUUUUAGCGAACGUUGCAAGAGCCGGAGGGGUGAAAUUUCUGCGGGGCUUGCGGAGAACAAGAAGUAUCAGCUGGACUUGGAACGCAUCCUCCUCGGGAAUGACUUGCGGACGACGCUGAUGAUAAAAAACAUACCAAACAAGUACACAUCAAAGCUGCUUCUGUCGACAAUUGACGAGCACCACCGUGGUACCUACGAUUUCAUCUAUUUACCAAUUGACUUUAAGGUGAUUUUAGGCGAGCAAAAGUGUUUCCCUGGUAUUGACCGGCUUUUGCCUGUGCAGAAUAAAUGCAACGUUGGCUAUGCAUUCAUCAACAUGACCGAGCCAGCUCACAUCGUCCCCUUUUACAAGAGUUUUAACGGCAAGAAGUGGGAGAAGUUCAACAGCGAAAAGGUUGCUUCUCUCGCCUACGCACGGAUCCAAGGCAAGGCCGCGCUGGUCGCACACUUCCAAAACUCGAGCCUCAUGAACGAGGACAAAAGGUGUCGUCCAAUACUCUUCCCUUCGGAAAACAAUCCGCAACACUUUUGUGCUGCUCGGCCCGAGCCGGAUGGAAACUGCCAGUUCGAAAUCUCUUCGCUGUGAUCGAGAUGGAGAGAGGUGUGAGCUUUUGUACGAGUUCCUUCUUUUUUUCUAGCUGCGGCAAGAGAGCUGUGGGAAGUCCGUAAGGAUCUUUCUAGCAGGCGGUGUAUUUUGUUUGGAUUGAUCGAUGGUUUCUUCGUUCCGGUGAAAAGAAGAAGAAGCAUCGAUUUUUGUACAGAGAGAGGCCAUCAAACUAUGGUUUUGAGAGUUAAAUUA